AUGCAGCAAAUCGUAUUAGUACUGUCAAUAUUAAGUGCAGUUUUUUGCUCUCCGUAUGACGAUGGUAAAUAUAGACCAAGAUCAUAUUAUGAAUAUGACGAUGGUAAAUACUAUAGACCACUCGAUGAAGGAAAGUAUAUACCUGGAGAUGAAGGAAAGUACACUUAUAUUUAUAAACAAGGCACUUGGCCCUUUGAUGGUUCAUAUAUGCGUCAAUAUGGAUUCAACGGUGAAUAUGACCCAUACAUGGGUUACAGAAUAUAUGCCAGCCGAUAUCCUCACUUAUACGGCGUAAUUAACGGAUACCCGCCGCUUUUCAGCUUGGGAAAAGAUGAAAACUUAGGAUCUUUUUACAGUUUUGAUAGAUCAAAAUUGUUAAAUACCGUUUCAAAUGCAGGAAAAAAACUUAAAUUGAAGUACGAAGUAAUUGUUACAGUUGUUGAUGACGAAUCAGAAAACAAUGCCAAAACUUCAAGAAAGAAUGAAAUUCAAGCUCCACUUAUCAUAUCAAAACCCUUCAAGUAA